AUAUACACUGUUUUAGUCCAGUUUCCAAACCCAAUUUCAGACAGCCGACACUCCCGUCAACAACGGCCUUUUAGUUCAGCUCCGUUCUCGCUACUUUUUCUCUCUGGUUUCUCGGGAAAUUUUACCGAGAAAGUGAGGGAAAGGUAGUUUGGGUAUUGAAUUGAGGAAAUGAGAAGUUUGAUUGGAGAGAUCGUUUUAUAUCAGAGGAGUAUAUCGUCAAAAGGUACUAGGGCUAUUUCAGUGAACUCGCGAGCCCACUGCAAUGGCCACAACUGUGGAAAAAGCAAUGCCUCUGUCCCGUAAAGCUGCUCAAGAUUGGACCGUUUCGGUCUCGAAUCCCGCCGACGAUCAGAAUCAGAUCCACAGAGCUUCCAUGGCCACCUUGAUUCGCCCCGUUGAUCCUCUUCCUCAGCCUUCUACUACCACUACUUCUACUCCUGCAAAAGGGAUCCCAAUCAUGUUGAGGGUUCAAACCUGCCACCCUUUGGACCCUUUAACCGCUGCUGAAAUCUCAGUGGCUGUGGCCACUGUCAGGGCUGCUGGAGCAACUCCUGAGGUGAGAGAUAGCAUGCGAUUCAUUGAGGUGGUUUUGUUGGAACCAGAAAAGAAUGUGGUUGCAUUAGCUGAUGCAUAUUUUUUCCCUCCUUUCCAACCAUCAUUAUUACCCCGAACGAAAGGUGGACCUGUAAUUCCCAGUAAACUUCCUCCAAGGAAAGCUAGACUUGUUGUUUACAAUAAAAAGUCAAAUGAGACGAGCAUAUGGGUUGUUGAACUAUCAGAAGUUCAUGCUGCAACUCGUGGUGGUCAUCACAGGGGCAAAGUCGUUUCAUCCAAAGUUGUGCCAGACGUACAGCCUCCCAUGGAUGCGGUGGAAUAUGCUGAAUGUGAAGCUGUUGUAAAGGACUUCCCCCCAUUCCGGGAGGCAAUGAAGAAGAGGGGUAUUGAGGAUAUGGAUCUUGUGAUGGUAGAUCCCUGGUGUGUUGGCUAUCACAGUGAAGCUGAUGCACCUAAUCGCAGACUCGCUAAACCGCUUAUCUUCUGUAGAAUCGAGACUGACUUCCCUAUGGAAAAUGGUUAUGCUCGUCCGGUUGAAGGAAUUUAUGUACUAGUCGAUAUGCAAAAUAUGGUUGUGGUUGAGUUUGAAGAUCGUAAACUUGUUCCUCUACCACCAGCCGAUCCCUUAAGAAAUUAUUCUUCUGGUGAAACACGGGGAGGUGUUGAUCGAAGUGAUGUGAAACCUUUACAUAUUAUUCAGCCUGAAGGUCCAAGCUUUCGUGUUGAUGGGCACUUUGUUCAAUGGCAAAAGUGGAAUUUUCGUAUUGGUUUUACUCCCAGGGAGGGUUUGGUUAUUUAUUCUGUUGCAUAUGUUGAUGGUAGCCGAGGUCGCAGACCUGUGGCCCACAGGUUAAGCUUUGUUGAGAUGGUGAACCCUUAUGGAGAUCCAAAUGAUCCACACUACAGGAAGAAUGCCUUUGAUGCAGGGGAAGAUGGGCUUGGCAAAAAUGCUCAUUCUCUUAAAAAGGGUUGUGAUUGUUUGGGCUAUAUCAAGUACUUUGAUGCACACUUUACGAAUUUCACUGGAGGUGUAGAAACGAUUGAAAAUUGUGUUUGCUUGCAUGAGGAGGAUCAUGGAAUCUUAUGGAAGCAUCAAGACUGGAGGACAGGUUUAGCCGAAGUACGGAGGUCAAGACGAUUAACCGUGUCCUUUAUAUGUACUGUGGCUAAUUAUGAGUAUGGAUUCUUCUGGCAUUUUUAUCAGGAUGGAAAAAUUGAAGCUGAGGUUAAACUCACAGGAAUUCUCAGCUUAGGAGCUCUGCAACCUGGGGAAGUCCGGAAAUAUGGUACAACUAUUGCACCUGGAUUAUAUGCACCCGUCAAUCAACACUUCUUUGUUGCUCGUAUGGACAUGGCAGUUGAUUGUAAGCCCGGUGAAGCACAUAAUCAGGUUGUUGAGGUGAAUGUUAAAGUCGAAGAACCAGGAGAAAACAAUGUUCACAACAAUGCAUUCUAUGCUGAAGAGAAGUUGCUCAGAUCCGAACUAGAAGCAAUACGUGAUUGUAAUCCUGUAUCUGCCCGACAUUGGAUUAUCAGAAACACAAGAAAUGUCAACCGGACUGGGAAGUUAACUGGUUACAAGCUAGUACCCGGAUCAAAUUGUUUACCAUUAGCUGGUGCCGAGGCAAAAUUUUUGAGGAGAGCUGCUUUUCUGAAGCAUAAUCUUUGGGUCACACCUUAUGCACGUGAUGAGCUGUAUCCUGGAGGAGAGUUUCCUAAUCAAAAUCCACGUGUUGGAGAGGGAUUGCCUACUUGGGUUAAGCAGAACCGAUCAUUGGAAGAAACCGACGUAGUUCUUUGGUAUGUAUUUGGAGUGACACACAUUCCUCGACUGGAAGACUGGCCUGUCAUGCCAGUGAAACGCCUUGGUUUCAUGCUCAUGCCGCAUGGAUUUUUUAAUUGCUCACCAGCCGUGGACGUCCCUCCGAGCUCAUGUGACUCCGAUAUGAAGGAGAAUGAAGUGGCGACAAAAUCAAUCCAGAAUGGGCUGCUUGCAAAGCUUUAGAAUUAAGUGCAGGUUUCAGUCAGGCCAUGGCCGUGUCUCACUGAGCUAUUGUGUUGUAGCUUUAAAAGAAAUUCUGGUCUUGAAUUUGUGGUUGUGUUUUAGAAAGUUCAAAUAGUCAAUCCACUAUGUCAGUUCAAGCACACUACUACUUGGAACAAUGUAUUGCAAUGACUGUUUUGUAACAAUAAUUUGAUGGGUCUAUUGGUAAUUUGGACUCUUUAAUUCGAUGGCCGUGUAAUUUCUCAUCAA